AUUCUAAGUUGGAACAAAAGGCAUCAAAUGAUUAAAUAACAUGAACACCCUGCCCAAAUAAGACAGAAAUGAACAAAACUCUUAAUCUCUGAAAUAAAAUGCAUUUAUCAUUUAAGAUGUUUAGUUCUAGAAUACAUGUUUAACAGGUCUGCAUUGUGAAAACAGGGCGAGGAGCAGAACAUAAUAAUAAAAACAGAUUAGUGCGACAUUAGAGUGAUUAAACAAGUGACAAGUAGAGACUCAAGAAGUGAAUAUAAAAAGGGUUUGUGAGAGGCAAAGAGAACCAGAUCCACCAUCUCCAUCCAUUCUGCAAGACAAGAGACGGUUUGAGAAGAUGUGGAGGUUAACGUGUGUCAGUUUGGCCCUGCUCUUAUCUGUUCAAGGUUCACUUUCUCAGUUGAAUGUUUGUGGACAAGCUCCUCUAAACACCCGUAUUGUGGGUGGUGUGAACGCCCCCGAUGGGUCGUGGCCGUGGCAGGUCAGUCUGCACAGCUCCACCUAUGGAGGUCAUUUUUGCGGAGGAUCCCUCAUCAACAAUGAAUGGGUGCUGACGGCAGCUCACUGUUUACCUGGUGUCAGUGCAUCCAGUCUCCGUGUGUACUUGGGAAGGAGGACACAGCAGGGAGUCAAUACCAAUGAAAUCAGUAGAAAUGUCGUCACAAUCAUCGUUCACCCCUCCUACGACAGCAACACACAUGACAAUGACAUCGCUCUGCUGCGCCUGUCCUCCACCGUUACCUUUAAUGACUAUAUUAGACCCGUGUGUCUGGCAGCACUGAACAGCAGCUUCCCUUCUGGCACCAGCAGCUGGAUCACAGGAUGGGGAGAUGUUCAGUCUGGAGUGAGCCUAGCUGCUCCUGGGACUCUGCAGGAAACUAUGGUUCCAGUGGUCGCUAAUGGUCAAUGUAAUACUCUGCUGGGUUCUGGAUCUGUUACCAUCAACAUGAUCUGUGCUGGUUUAUUGGAGGGAGGCAAAGACACCUGCCAGGGUGACUCUGGAGGUCCAAUGGUGAGCAAGCAAUGUUUGGUGUGGGUUCAGUCUGGUAUCACCAGCUGGGGUUAUGGCUGUGCCGAUCCCAACGCACCUGGUGUUUACACGCGUGUUUCACAGUAUGAGAGUUGGAUCUCCACCACCAUUGUCCAGAAUCUCCCAGGAUUCGUUUUCUUCAACCCCUCAAGCACAUGCCAACCUGUUUCUACCACCUCAACCGCUUCUACUUCAUCUCCUACUUCUACUACCUUAAGAACUUCUACUACUACAACAACAACUACUACCCUAAGACCUCCACCCAAUCAGAUCUCAAACUCUUGUCAAGGGAGAUGUGGUGAGAGAUUUGACAUCCGUAACCGCUGCAACUGCAAUCAUCACUGUAGCAGAAACUGCUGCUUGGAUUAUAGAAGGCGAUGCAGGGAUUAG